CGUACAACAUGAAUCUACCAACGAACUCUUUCAUAUAACAACCCUUUUUUAAUUGGUUUUUGAUUAAGGAAAAGUAAAGAUUCUUACUUUACCCUACAGAGCAAAAUUUUCUCCACGAAGCUAAAUAAUCCCCACAGUAACCCUCCAACACAAACCUACGCUUAACUUAGAUCACAAGUAAACCCAUACCCCAGAUCCACAAUAUAUACACAUACCAACUCAUAGGAUUAACAAAUCGACACUAACCAAAUUCUGAUAUGGAGGUCCAAACAUUUCCCACCGAAAUCGUCUUUUUCGAUCUAGAAACAACCGUACCGAACAAAGUGGGGCAAUAUUUUCACAUUUUAGAGUUUGGUGCGAUCAUCGUAUGUCCAAGAAAACUCGAGGAGCUAGAGAGCUUCACAACGCUUAUACAACCUAAAGACUUGUCAGUGGUCUCAAUAAGGUCGUCUAGGUCUGAUGGGAUCACAAGGGCUAAGGUUACAAACGCACCAAGUUUUGAAGAUGUGGCUGAGAAGAUCUAUGGUUUGUUGAACGGUCGGAUUUGGGCAGGUCAUAACAUUAGAAGAUUCGACUGCAUUAGGAUCAAAGAAGCUUUCGCUGAGAUCGGUAAAGCUGCCCCUGAACCCUCGGGGAUCAUUGAUUCUUUGGGGUUAUUAAGUGACAAGUUUGGCAAAAGAGCUGGUAACAUGAAGAUGGCAAGUUUGGCAGCCUAUUUUGGUCUUGGAGUGCAAAAGCACAGGAGUCUCGAUGAUGUUCGAAUGAAUUUAGAGGUCCUCAAGCACUGUGCAACAGUUCUUUUCUUGGAAUCUACACUUCCCAAUCAAUUGGAAGGAAAAUGGCAAAGUUCUUCAAAGAUCAUGACAAGAAGUCGAAGUAAUUACCAAAUAGCCCAAAGGGCAAUGCCUUACUCAAAGGGUAGUCUCGGGAAGAUGACACAGAAUGUGAAGAAUCUGUUAAGCAAAGCUCAAGGCAAUCAAACUCUCCAAAACUUGAUCAAUCAUUCUCAUUCUUUGCUUAGAUGAUUAUUGAAAGAAUGAAUUUAAUUGUAUAUAUUGCACAUUUGUGUAUACAUUCAUUGACUAUAUUACCAAAUAAUUCAAUAGAUAAUUAUUUAUAUUUUGUUUGUAAUCA